AUGAAACAAAAUAUUAUCUUUACCGUGAUACUGCUCCUGAGUGUGGCCAUCAUUUUACCCGCCUUCAAACCCGUCAACAGUAUGCCAGUCGAUGAAGAUUAUUUAAAUGAUGAUCACAGUGGUGAAUAUAAUGGACGGCUGGAUGAAGAAACCAAAGAACAAGUACGGCAAUGUGAGGCAGAUCAAAGUGCCAUGGAACUGUGUAUGCGCUGCGCCAAAAUUACCAAAUCGACAACGGUAUAUCCAUUGUGUUGUGGCAAUGUUGAGGGUGUCAAAGAAUGGUGUUAUGAAUAUGUGUAUUAUAGAGCGGAACCACAAUUUUAG